GUCACGUGAACUCCGCCUCAAGCCGGACGGAACUGACGCGAGUCUGGGGUUGCCGGAAGAAGUGGCGAAGUUACUUUUCGCGGGGCGAUCCUGGGGGGGCUGCCGGGAGGCGGUGGGCGCAGGCGGCGGGCUGAGGGAGUGAAGGAGCGGGGCGACGCUUCCGGAGCAGCCGCAGACAGGAACCUUUCCGUCCGGACCGAGGUCCUGGCGUGCGCAGCCAUGAGCCGGGCUCGCCCACGGUGACCUGCCAUGGCCUCCCCGGGGCCCCUGGGCGCCCCCGCCCCUACCCCUGCCCCAGGCGAUGACGACGACGACGGGACGACGAAGUUCAUAAAGGAAGAGGGGCCCGAGCCGGGGCUGACCGGCACCGGGCCCCCCAGCUCGGAGCCCGACGGCCCCACCCCGGCCGGGGAGGGCUCAGCCUGCGGCGUGGUGGAGGAGCUGGAGCCUGAACGGAAGCGCAAGAAGGGCCCGGCGCCCAAGAUGCUGGGCCACGAGCUGUGCCGCGUGUGCGGAGACAAGGCCUCGGGCUUCCACUACAACGUGCUCAGCUGCGAGGGCUGCAAAGGCUUCUUCCGGCGCAGCGUGGUGCAGGGGGGCGCGCGGCGCUACAGCUGCCGCGGGGGCGGGGCUUGCCACAUGGACGCCUUCAUGCGCCGGAAGUGCCAGGAGUGCCGCCUGCGCAAGUGCCGGGAGGCCGGCAUGAGGGAGCAGUGCGUCCUGUCCGAGGAGCAGAUCCGCAGGAAGAAGGUCCAGAAGCAGCAGCCGUCGGGGGCCGGGCCCAGCCCUGGGGCCUCGGCGGCUGCCCCCGGGCCCACGGGGUCGCCGGUAGCCUCCCCAGAGGACGGUGCUGCGGCCGUGCAGCUCACGCCGGACCAGAAGCUCAUGAUCCAGCAGCUGGUGGCGGCCCAGCUGCAGUGCAACAAGCGCUCCUUCUCGGACCAGCCCAAGGUCACGCCCUGGCCCCUGGGUGCUGACCCGCAGUCGAGGGACGCCCGGCAGCAGCGCUUCGCCCACUUCACGGAGCUGGCCAUCAUCUCGGUGCAGGAGAUCGUGGACUUCGCCAAGCAGGUGCCCGGCUUCCUGCAGCUCGGGCGCGAGGACCAGAUAGCGCUGCUCAAGGCCUCCACCAUCGAGAUCAUGCUGCUGGAGACCGCCCGGCGCUACAACCACGAGACGGAGUGCAUCACCUUCCUGAAGGACUUCACCUACAGCAAGGACGACUUCCACAGGGCGGGCCUGCAGGUGGAGUUCAUCAACCCCAUCUUCGAGUUCUCGCGGGCCAUGCGGCGCCUGGGCCUGGACGACGCCGAGUACGCCCUCCUCAUCGCCAUCAACAUCUUCUCUGCUGACCGGCCCAACGUGCAGGAGCCCGGCCGGGUGGAGGCCCUGCAGCAGCCCUACGUGGAGGCCCUGCUGUCCUACACGCGCAUCAAGAUGCCCCAGGACCAGCUGCGGUUCCCGCGGAUGCUCAUGAAGCUGGUGAGCCUGCGCACGCUGAGCUCGGUGCACUCGGAGCAGGUGUUCGCCCUCCGCCUGCAGGACAAGAAGCUGCCGCCGCUGCUGUCCGAGAUCUGGGACGUCCACGAGUGACCGCGGUGCUCCCCGCCAGCCCCUCCGGCACCCUCCUCCGGCUCCGGCCACGAGGCCCAGCGCGAGCGGCUCCGAGGCCCGGCGCCCCCUCCCGCCCUCCCUGCUUCCACAGCGUGCUGCACCUUGAAGGGAUGGGGGCGACGCCUCUGCCUAGGGUCGGGGAGGCGCCACGCCCCCCUAUUUAACAAACCAGACGACGCAGAACCUUAAUAAAGAGUCACAAAGAA